AUGGACAAUUUUCCACCGGAAGUGCAGCAUAUUUUGGCACCCGCCUUCGGCAUUCUUUCGGCCACGAAACUUACUCAGAUGGCUGAUCGGCUUAUGGAGAUGCACGGUUUUUCCAAGCCAUCUAUUUCAUCACUCUCAACUCCCUCAACUCCUCCUGCGUCUCCCAUUUCGCAGUUAGAGAUCGAGCUCAGCAAACUGGCCGAUGAUAUAGCCGCUCUCCAGAAUCAGACAGUUUCUGCCUCAUCUCGGAGCCAACCGCAGCCGUUCACCCCGCAUGUCCAGUCUUCUCAUUCAGCCCGUCCAAACGCAGCUGCCACCUGCUGGUAUCACACUACUUUCGGUGCCAAAGCCCGUCGCUGCGUCUCUCCUUGCUCCUUCACCUUCAAGCUGAGCAAACGGGAAAAAUCUGUCAGCCCGAACGUCAGUGCUACCAAUCUUCCCGACAGCUCUGACCCUGGUCACACAUUUUACGUCCGCGACACCAGGAGUGGCAGACGUUUCUUGGUUGACACUGGUGCCCAGCUAAGUGUCAUUCCACCCACGCCAGCUGAUCGUCGGUGUCCCAAUCCCGGUCUUUUCCUACAGGCCGUCAACACAUCGCCGAUUACCACAUUUGGCACCUGCUCCUUCUGUCUGGACAUCGGUCUGCGGCGUCUCUUCCCUUCGAUACGUUAA